AUGAACAAUCCCACGCUACUGACACCCAACUUGCUGGGUCCUGAUCUUCGGCAUAAUACCGGAAUCGGAGCACUGUCGAGGGCACAUUCAACGCUCAUCACCAUUCCAGGAGGGGAAAUACUGGAACAGACACUGAAAUCCUUCAUGGCAAAGGAUUCUGCCAAAGCCCUCCAAUGGACGAGGCAACUUUAUUACGAAAAAAUCGAACAAAGCGGACACACUGCUGACGCUGAGAUUUAG